AGCCGAAAUCCCUGAUAACGCGGCGCGCGCUCCCGCUCAGCUCUGAAUGGGGGCUCAGUCCAGCCGGUGACAGCUCGUCCAGUCCGUCUACCUAAUCCACGGCUCGCUCCUCCGCUCCAGUCCGCCGCUCUCCGACUCCCCGGCAGUCCACGGGCCCCGCUCCUCCGGUAUUACCCAGUUAUUCAGGAAUGAGAAAUGAUGGCCGGCUCUGCAGCAGAGGAGAAAACCUUCCGACGGUUCCUGGAGCUCUUUGUCCGGGAGAUGAGGAUGCCUUUGCAGGAGAGCGACCCGGUGCCAAUGCGCCCCUUGUCGGACCUGGUGUCUGAGGACGAAGUGGAGGGGGAAUGCCUGGACCUGUGUCUCCAGCACCUCUACAAAUACAAUUGCCCCUGCUCGCUGGCCGCCGCUUUGGCCAGAGCCACAGCAGACAGCCUCCUUCAGUCCGACCUCUCCAUCCACAACCUCAACAAGACUGUAGAAGAUGGAGCUGACCCAUUACCACAGAUGGAGUCAGUGAAGAUGGCCCGGCUGGUGUUUAACAGACUGUUUGAGACAUGCUGCCUCUGGCAGAAGGAGCUGCCCUUCCGCCGCCGUCCACAGCCGUACUAUGAAACAUCCAUCCACGCCAUCAAGAACAUGAGGCGCAAGAUGGAAGACAAGCAUAUCAUCAUCCCUGACUUCAACUCACUCUUCAACAUUCAG